ACCACGUACUGGUCCGUCUUCACACCUCAUCGAAUCUUCAGCAGGUGCGCGCUACUCCACCGCCAAAACCCAAGCGCUAGCGCCGGCGUCGCCGUCCCCGAUCGCGCGCAAUCGUAGAAAAAGGGGACAAAAUUAAGAGGAAGAAAACAAUGAAACGUUCCCUAACCCUAGGACGAUCUCGAUCAUCUUCUCUUCUCCUUUCUCUUGCUCGCAAUCUCUCGUCAUCUCCCUCAGUGUUCGACUCUCCAGUCGCCGAAUCGUCCCCAGAGACCGGACUCUACGGGAUCCCGCAUCUGAAGACGGCCAAAGGAUUUCGUAGAUUCGUCGAUGAAGCAAUUGAGAGGUCAGGAGAGCUCGUUAGCUAUGUCUCUCAGUUACCUCCGUCGGCUGAGGUCAUUAGAACCAUGGAUGAGAUUUCUAACACUGUCUGCUCAGUCAUUGAUGCAGCAGAGCUCUGCAGGCAGACUCAUCCAAAUAAGGAGUAUGUAGAGGAAGCCACGAAGGCCUCAAUGAGGAUAUAUGACCAUCUGCACUUUCUGAAUACCAAUCACAAUCUUUACAGUGCGGUGGUAAAAGCUGAGCAGGAAGGUUUUCUGCAGACAGAAGCUCAUAGGGCUGCACAUGCUUUACGCACUGACUUCGAAAAGGGAGGGGUCCAUCUUUCUGCAGAAAAGGUGGAUAGAGUUAAUCAGUUAAACACCGAGAUUGUUCAGCUGGGUCGACAGUUCAAUGAAAAUAUUAUGAUUGAUCCAGGUUCUAUUGAUGUGUAUCCUGGCUCGCGGAUCCCAAAGCAUUUACAUAGUCAUUUGGAGCCCAUCUAUCGUCACACACUUCCAAGAGAAAAUCUACUGAUAUCAGCAUACAAGAAAAAGGAGAAGGGCUUUCGAGUUACAACAGAUCCGAGUACACUAUCCUCGAUAUUGAGAUGGACUGCAGAUGAUGAGGUGAGGAAACGAGCGUACAUAAAAGGAAACUCUUCGCCACAUGCAAAUCUUGCCAUUCUUGAAAAGCUUAUUUGUGCUCGUGAUGAACUUGGACAGACUUUGGGGUGCAAAUCUUAUUCCGAGUUUGCAAUUCAGCCAAAUAUGGCUGCAUCACCAGAUGUGGUUAUGUCCUUUCUUAUUGAUUUGAGCAUGACUAUUAGACCUAAAGCUGAUGAGGAGUUUAGGUCCAUACGUGAGUUCAAAAGGAAAAUGUGUAAUGAAAAAUGUGCUGAUUUACAGCCAUGGGAUGAGGCUUACUUCACAGGAAAGAUGAAGUCUUCUGCAUAUGACUUGGACCCCUCUGUCAUAGCGUCAUACUUCUCAUUAUCCCAUUGCCUUGAGGGCCUAAAGGUGUUGGUUAAAUCAUUGUUUGGUGCGACAUUCCAUAGCAUGCCUUUUGCACCAGGAGAAUCAUGGCACCCCAGUGUGAUGAAAUUGUCACUUCAUCAUCCUGAAGAGGGAGAUUUGGGGUUUCUGUAUCUUGAUCUUUACUCGAGGAAGGAAAAAUAUCCUGGUUGUGCUCACUUUGCCAUUAGAGGCGGUCGUCGACUAUCUGGGACAGAGUACCAAUUACCUAUUGUUGCUUUGGUAUGCAACUUCUCAGCUUCUCCUGGAUCAUCUUCAAGGCUUAAUCACUUGGAUGUUGAAACCCUUUUCCAUGAAUUUGGACAUGCUCUUCAUUCCCUUCUUUCUAGAACGGAUUAUCAGCACUUCUCAGGUACGAGAGUUGUUCUUGAUUUGGCUGAAACUCCUUCAAACCUAUUUGAGCACUAUGCAUGGGACUACCGUGUUCUGAGGACAUUUGCUAGACACUAUGCGACAGGUGAUGUAAUACCAGAAAAACUAGUAGCAGUCAUGAACUCUGCUAGAAAUAUGUUUGCCGCUACAGAACUUCAGCGCCAGAUUUUCCUCUCAAUUACUGAUCUCACUCUGUUCGGGGAGCAGCCCUCCACUCCCAUAGAUACAAUAUCUGUUGUUGCUGAUCUGAAGAGAAAGUACACAAGCUGGAACCAUGUGGACGGCACACACUGGCACACUCGAUUUACCCAUCUUAUAACUUACGGGGCAGGUUAUUACAGCUACCUGUAUGCAAAGUGUUUUUCAGAAACUAUAUGGCAGGAGAUAUGCAGUGAAGAUCCCUUCUCAAUGAGCACAGGAACUGCUAUUAGAACAAAGUUCUUGCAGCACGGUGGAGCGAAGGAUCCUGUUCAAUUAUUACAGGAUUUUGUUGGCAGUGGUGUUGUGAGAAGUUCAAAUGGUGGGAUCGUCCCUGAUAUUAGUAGCCUUUGUAAAGGAAUGGGGCUGGGGUGAUAGACCUCCAUCUACUUAAGCAACCAUAAAUAUAGAGCACUGUUACAGAUUGUCAAGCAUCAGAUAUUUCAGGAAAGUGGAGAGCUUGAUGGUAAUGGUGUCUCCUCAGCCAUGCAUCAAAGAAUACAGUUCAAAGUAAGCAUAUGAUGUAGCUUUGCGUGUUUAAAAUUGAUGAUGGUUGUGCGGAUGGAAGAAAGUCAUCCAUGUACGGCAGGGGAGAUGGUGAAUUUUGCACGAAAGGGAAGACUCUUGGUGAGCUUGUAUGUAGUCUUAUCUAUCCUUGUGAGGUUGCCACUGGCUCUAUUGACCCUAUUCAUGUUUUCUGUAAUGAACUGAUUACUGGCAUUGCUUUCCAUCUUAAUUUAUUCUCGUAUCUCUAAAAUGUAACGUUAAAUACACUGUUAUUUAGAGUAUCCCGAUCAUAAUAACAUUUAAUGAUGAGAAGGUAUGUAAUUUUGCUUCA